UAAUCCCCAGCAGGGAGGGCCAGGGCACCUGUCAGAGCCAACAGGGGUUGGAAUGCCUUGAAGUGGAUCUUGUAAGGGGUGGAGGAGUUAAGUGGGGGGUGAAUUUCAAUAUUUUGCCAACCUGAGCAACUGUACAGGUACAACUAGGUGUUGGGGGUCACAGGAAAAGCACUUUGCUCAAGGUGAGUGUUCAGUGAGUUUUGUUUUCCACAGGAGCCGCCCGGGGGCUCCUCAGGCUGACCCCAGACCCUGGCUGGCCAGGAUGAGGUGUCUCCGGCACCUGCGGCCCAAUGCCACCCUCAUUCUGGCCAUCGUCGCUUUUACUCUCCUCCUCCUCUUCAGUCUGCAACUGUCACCACCCACUCGCAAGGUCCAGGAGCAGCCACCGGCGACCCCCGAGGCCCUGGCCUGGCCCACUCCACCCACCCACCCAGCCCGGGCCCCGUGCCAGGCCAACACCUCUAUGGCCAACCACCCGGACUUCGCCAAGCAGCCGAAGAAUGUUCAGGACUUCCUGCUGUACAAACACUGCCGCGACUUUCCCCUGCUCCAGGACGUGCCACCUUCUAAGUGCGCGCAGCCGGUUUUCCUGCUGCUGGUGAUCAAGUCCUCCCCCACCAACUAUGGGCGCCGCGAGCUGCUGCGGCGCACGUGGGGCCGCGAGCGCAAGGUGCGGGGUUUGCAGCUGCGCCUCCUCUUCCUGGUGGGCACAGCCUCCAGCCCACACCAGGCCCGCAAGGUCAACCGGCUGCUGCAGCUGGAGGCACAGACUCACGGAGACAUCCUGCAGUGGGACUUCCACGACUCCUUCUUCAACCUCACGCUCAAGCAGGUGCUGUUCUUACAGUGGCAGGAGACGAGGUGCGCCAACGCCAGCUUCGUGCUCAACGGGGAUGAUGACGUCUUUGCACACACAGACAACAUGGUCUCCUACCUGCAGGACCAUGACCCUGGCCGCCACCUCUUCGUGGGGCAACUGAUCCAAAACGUGGGCCCCAUCCGGGCUUUGUGGAGCAAGUACUAUGUGCCGAAGGUGGUGACUCAGAACGAGCGGUACCCACCCUACUGUGCGGGUGGUGGCUUCCUGCUGUCCCGCUUCACUGCCGCUGCCGUGCGCCGUGCCGCUCUUGUCUUGGACCUCUUCCCUAUUGAUGAUGUCUUCCUGGGUAUGUGUCUGGAGCUCGAGGGACUGAAGCCUACCUCCCACAGCGGCAUCCGCACGUCUGGUGUGCGUGCCCCAUCACAACACCUGUCCUCCUUUGACCCCUGCUUCUACCGAGACCUGCUGCUGGUGCACCGCUUCCUGCCUUAUGAGAUGCUGCUCAUGUGGGAUGCACUGAACCAGCCCAACCUCACCUGCAGCAAACAGACACGGAUUUACUGAGUCAGCAUCAGGGUCCCCAGCCUCUGGGCUCCUAUUUCCAUAGGAAGGGGUGACACUUUCCUCCCAGGAAGCUGAGACCUUUGUGGUCUGAGCAUAGGUGAGUGCCAGGGAAGGUUUGAUGAGUGAAUAUUCUGGCUGGUGAACUCCUAUACAUCCUUCAAAACCCACCUGGUACUGUUCCAGCAUCCUCUCUGGAUGGCUGGAGGGACUCCAGAAAAUAUCCGUCUUCUUUUUAUGGCAGCUAAUGGCAGAAUUGCCUCUGCUAGGGUUCCAACUGUGGAUGCAUCCAUCCCGUUUGAGUCAGAGUCCUACUUCCCUGCUCUGACCUACUCACAGAUGGGAUGCUAAGCAGUGUACCUGCAGUGGUUUAAUGGUGGAUAAGCUCCAUCUACAGUUCCAGGCCAGCCAGAAACUCCUGUGUCCACAGAGACCUGACGUGAGAAAUAUCUUUCAGCCUAGGAGCGAUGGGUCCUGAUCUUAACCCUUUCCUGGGUCUCAGACAACUCAGAAGAUUUGGGGGAUACCAGACAGGUGCUGAAAUAGGACCACCCCCUGCUUACUUGUGGGAUCAAAUGCUGUAAUGGUGGAGGUGUGGGCAGAGGAGGGAGGCAAGUGUCCUUUGAAGGUUUUGGGAGCUCAGAGUUUCUGGGGUCCCCAUUGGGAGCCCCCAUCCCUGUGUUCCCCAAGAAUUCAGAGAAAAGCACUGGGACUGGAAGGAUCUUUAAUGGGCCCAAGGCCAAGAGGCACAUGCCCCACUACUGCCUGGAGAAUGGAGAGAUUCAGGUCCUCCAGCGGCCCCCCUACCCAGUAUGUUUUACAGAUUACAGGGGACGAGUGAGCCAGUGACCCCCUGGAGCCCCCAGCUUCAGGCCUCAGUGUCUGCCACUCAAGCUUCACAGGCAUUGCGAUGGAGCAUCCUUGGGGAAU